AUGUUACAAACUUUAUUAAAUCCAAAUCCAAGUGAUAGUAUUCAAGAUCAAGUUGAUCUUGUUACAGUGAAUAAACCAUCACCAUUGAUAAAGGUUGGUAUGAUAUUUGCAUGUUUGGGAGUAGUUACAACCACAAUAUUUUUACAUUUACAAUUUGCCGGUGUUGUAUCAUUCCCAUGGUAUGCAGUAUGGGUGCCAAUUAUGGCUAUAUCAAUACCCUGUUUCUUUCACCCAAUUGGUAAACAUUUUAUGAAAGAGAUUCGUAUCAUUCAAAAAUAUCGUGAUAUUACAAUCUCUCGUACAAAACGUUACUUUUAUCGUGGUCUUGUCAUUGCUCCAUUCCUUUGGUUCUCAAUCUUUAUUGCUGCCAUUGUAAUUAGACAUUAUCGUGGUGAUGCUUUCCAAUAUUUCCAUAUCUUUAUUCCAUGCCAAUUAAUCUCUUUGGAAUUUUUAGUUUUAGCUCAUUUAGACCCAACUUUACCACGUUCAACAAGACAUUCUUUUAAAACUUGUUCAGCAUUAUUAUUAAUAUUUUCAUCUUUUAUUUUUAUUAGAUUCCAAUUAAAUGAUCCAAGUUCAUUCCAUUGGGUAUUUGUAUUUUUACCAUUAUAUAUUGGUGAAGUAUCAUUAUUAGCUGAUGCUUUUUGUAGAUUUUAUUCAAAGACUGAAGAUAAGGAAUGUGAUUCAAGAGUUUUCAAAUAUGCUAUAUUACCAUUGGUUGCAAAAUUAAUUUUAAUCUUUUCUUCAUGUAUUUUCUUAGUUUUCCUUACCUUGUAUUUAGAAUAUCGUUAUAUUUCAAUUAAUGAGUUAUUCGCUCCACUCUAUGUUUUAGAAUUCUUCAUUAUUUUAUUUUUAAUUAAAAUGUCCUUUUCAAGAAGAAAAGUUACACCAGAGUCAAUUAAUUAA